AUGUUACUGUGUGUUGUCCUGGUUACCGCAUCGGUUGCACAUGCUCAGACCGUUCACCUGGGAAGAUGCCCCACGCCCCAAGUUCAACAGGACUUCAACGUCACCAAAUACCUGGGCAGGUGGUAUGAGGCAGAGAAGCUGCCUGCUGUAUUUGAGAGAGAGAAGUGCCAGCAGGCCACAUACUCACUACUCUGCGAUAGAACACAUACACUCACACAUCACAGACUGUAUGAAGUCAAUCAAACCAUAAACAUGAACACUCAUAAUCAGAUCUUCUUCAAAGGUGAUCCAUACUUGGUUCUCUCUACAGACUACAGUAGUUUCUCUCUGGUCUACUCCUGUACAGACUUCCUUAUCAAUUUCUACGUCGACUUUGCCUGGAUUGUUUCCCGGACACGAUCAUUGCCAAGUGAUGUCAUCAGCCGUCUCCAUGGUGACCUGGAGGCCAUCGGUGUCGACCUCAGAUGCCUCACAGUGUCAAACCAGACGGCCUGUGACACUGUGGCCUGA